UAAAGGGCCCGCUUUACCUGUCGUGCGCUCAGGUCGAUGUGGAUCUGCUCGCCAGUCUUGUUUCAGUCUUUCCCGUCGCUCUAUCUAAUAUUGAGUAAACCGGAGGAUCCCUCUGAUUGGCUGCAGAGAAAGCGAGCUCUUUCCAGCCCACCCACCGCUGAUUAUAGGGACUCUUGCAGACUCUCUUCCCUUCCUUGCAUUGAGUCUGGGACCUGGCCACUGGGGCUGCACGGCACACACAGAGCGCGCAUCAUGGCAGCUACCCACAGCGACUACAGAGGCUACCUGCGGAACACCGUCGACAUCGAGGCAGGGCAGCACCGCUUCCACCCGGUGCAGAGCUCGGAGCCCACUUACCGGCCGCUCCUAUUCGGGACCCUCGCUGUUAUGGGAUUGCUUCAGGUUGCUUCCAGCGUGGCGAUCUUAUUACACCUGACAGGUUAUCUGCAAGAGGUAGAUUUGUCCACGGCCCCGCAUCGGCCCAUAGAGGAAGUACAGACGGAGCCGGUGCUGAACGCGCUGAGAGACCCGAGGAAAAAAGGACGGUGCAAAACUCCAAAAGAGAGCCUGGCAUCAGCUCAUCUACCAGUCAAAGUGCCCCAGGAGUACUCGAAGAAGGGUGAGCAGAAGGCCAUCACCAUUGACUGGAACGAGAUGCAUGGACACUGCCACAAAAUGGGCUACCAGAAGGGGAAACUGCAGGUGAUCGAGUCGGGUUUCUACUAUAUCUACGCCAAGACCUGCUUCCGCUACUACGUGCUUUUAGACGAGAGCAGCAGCCAGGCCGGGGUCACGCCGGUGGAUGUUAGCAACACCCAGCUCAUCCAGUACGUCUACCGCGAGAUCAUCAAACAGAACAGCAAGUCGGUGCUGCUGAUGAAGACGGGCAGCACCAUGCGCUGGAACAACACCAGCUAUAACAUGUACUGCGCCCAGCAGGGCCUAGGCGUCCGGCUGGAGGAGGGAGACGCCUUGUAUGUCAAUGUGUCCAAUGCUUGGAUGCUGGACCUGGAGGGAGAAGGGACGUAUUUUGGGGCCAUAAAGUUGGGUAACUGAGAAAUUAAAACACGUGGGGAGCGGACAUGCUACUGAACAUUUCAUAUGCCAAAGAACCACUGUUAUUGAUUUUUAUAAUGUUAAUAUGUUCUUUUUUUUUUUUUUUGGGUUCAUGUGUUGUUGUUUUUUUUUUUUUUUUACGUUGCUCUUCACCUAAUAGUACGGAAGUGGAUUAGGGCCACAUGUGAAAAAUGUAUUUGAGUUCUGAGUUUAAAGUCAGAAUUCUGAGAUCUGAUUUUAAUCUCAGAAUUCUUUCUACAUUUUUCACAUGUGGCCCUAAUCCACUUCCGUAGAAUGGCCUUGGAAUCCUUGAUGAGAACACAUAAUGGAGAAGGUUGUCACCUUUUUAAAAACCUUGUUUUGCCCCGCACCCCAAACAAAAUUGAGACACACAGCUCUCGACUUCAUUCAAAAUAGCACUGGAGUCUUUUUUUUUUUUUUUCCCCCAAGUGUUGGGCUUGUUAUUGUGAAUUUUCAAUCCAUUUCCGUUCGGAUAAGAACAUUUAGACUUAAGCACAGACAUGUGUUUAUGCACUAAUUAAACAAACCAUGAGGGAGCAACUUAGGAAGUAAGUUUGUUGGCAAGAGUGUGCAGCGAGAAAGGAUUUAUUAAUUUUGGAACAUUGUAGCUGACGGAGCAUCUGCUUGUACUUAGCAGAUUAUCACAGAAUAAAAAUAACACAACUCCCAGGUGUGCCUCCGAGCCACAGCAGUGAAUGCACAAAUGUUUUCCUGGAAGGUUUUGUAAGUGUGAACAAGGCAGGCAAUGAGGCGUUCUGGCAGUAAGUAGCUCAACGGUAUAAUCUGAAAUAGGCAGUUAGAUGGGCAUUUAAAUCGCCGUCCAAAUCUCUUAGGCAUCAUUUUAAAACUUCAUCCUAUGAAAGAUACGCUUUGACUCGGACACAAGACACACAGUUUAAAAAAAAAAAAAAAGGUCAUGAUGUGUAAACCGGGUAACCCCAGCCCGAUCUGCCGCCGAUUUGAUUUCGCCCUGCAGCUCAGGCUGGAAACCUGUACGUUUUAUCUAUCCUGCUUCCGUUACAAAUCUGCAGGGGCCAAUCACAAACUGGCUUAUCCACCUGGCGCGCUAUCGGCGGGUUUUAACGCGAUGCCGAUAGAGCGGCGACAGCUUUUUGUUUACGUUCAACAUGGCGGCCACCGAAGCGCAGCAACCCGUUGAUGCCACUGUCGCUGCUGUCGCUGCUGUCUGCAAAGUACAUCACCUGGAUCGUUGGUCUGAUUGGUUGAAGGACUGUCCAAUUGCGUACAGAGUCAUUUGAACUACGCCUGUUGAUCACAUCUCUUGUGCAGUAGAAAAUACAUAGCAGACUCCCCCAGACUAAUGUUCAAUCUUAAAAGAUUGAGCUUGGUCUGCUGAUAGCCAGACUACAUGAUGUGUGCUCCAAAAACUCAUUUGUUAUCCAGUUUUCUGUCUUAAUGAAAUGUAAGGGGUGGCCUUGCUUCACUGAUGGCAAUCCCAGGACAACGUCACUUCAAACUAAGGAGCAAAUGACAUCUGUUUGUCAUGUUUAUGACAAUCAACAAGCGAUGCAGAUAGCUGGACUGUCUGACCAUGAAUGACACGAAUAGACUCCUGUCUUCUUUAACCAGAGGGAACCAAAUUGACUUUGGUUCAUCUUUAACUUAAAUUUUGUUUUUCAUUUGGCUCUUCAGUGAGGCAAAUGGGAAUAUGCACUAAAUAUUUAUUUAUUAGCUAUAGAAGUACAGAGACAGGUCAUUGUUAAAGUGACCUUUUGGCUGUAAAAAAAAAAAAAAAAUCAUUUAUAUUUGAUGUCUGUAUGACAUUCAUUAUACAGCGCUUAGAGGAAAUAGUAGACACGCUUUUUGUUAUUCAAACACAGGGGCUUCAUUUUAAAAUUCCAUAUUUAUGUAUCUUGAUUUUGACAAUUCUGUGUGCACUUGCCUAGCCAAAAGCAAUAUGGAUAUAUUGUUUAUUCUACAAGAUUGUAGCAUACCUGUAAGAUCUUCAUCUGAUAGAUUUUUUUUUCUAUUCAUUUUUUUAUUUUUUAUUUAUGUUUUGUGUAUGUUUUUAAUAAUAAAAAAAAAAGUACUUUUGUAA